AUGCAGCAGCAUUUUAGUUUCUCCCAGCGAGUCGUGGUGGCGGUGGUGGUGCUCAUCGCCGCUGCUUUCGUCACCUCGUCACAGGCCAAUCCCCUGACGACCUUCGUGGUGGGCGGCAACUACAACUUCCCCACCUUCCGACCCAACCCCUGGAAUCUCCGCGCGCACACGUACAACCCUCAGCGCGUGCUGCCCGGAAACGACCUUGAGUUUCGGUGGAACGGGUGGCGAUCGGACGUGUGGAAGUUCCCGACCAUGGCGGCAUACCAGGCGUGCGACUACACGUUCGCCACGCAGCUGGUCAAGCCGUCCUACUUCGGAAAGUACAUCUACACCAUUCGCCAGGUUGAGGCCGGCACCACGCUCUACUUCGCCAGCCGCGUCUGGCAGAACUGCCAAAAGGGACAGAAGGCCAAGAUCCGCGUCAAUGAUCUUAAUCCGCUGAACUAG